AUGGAGGGCAGAGUCCAUCCUGGCAACAUUACAGCUCGGCGGGAUCUGCAAGUGGAGGGAGACGAGGAGGAGCCCCGAGGCCUCGAUAGCUUCCGCUUUGCCGUUGAGAGGGCAGAGUCCAUCCUGCCAAUAAUACGGCUCGGCGGGAGCUGCAAAUGGAGGAAGGUGAGGAGGAGCCCCGAGGGCUCGAUUGCUUCCUUUUUUGCCCGACCCACUGCCCGUGGCCUGAGCCAUGACAGUCUGGAGGAAAAUCCAGUGUCUCACUCGGGGCAGGCAGAUUGCGGCCUGAUGACACUCUACUCAUCACCUACGGUCGGCACCAUCACAUGCACAGCGUCUGGUACGGUCGCUUGGCAGCUCGACAAUUCACAAUUUCGUUUAAAAGUCAUUACUUCCACUCUAGCAUGA